UGACAGCUAAUGGCGGCGGCCGCCUGAGGCGGGCGGGCGGUAGAGCGGGCGGCAGGAGGCGAGCGGCGAAACCUUCCCGGUCGCCGCUCCCGUCCCGACGGCGGCUUCCCCAAGGCAGCAGGACUCGGCGCGCCAUGGACAGGCCGGCGGCGGCGGCAGUGGCGGCGGCGGGCUGCGAGGGCGGCGGGGGCCCGAACCCGGGACCGGCGGGCGGCAGGAGGCCUCCUCGGGCCGCGGGGGGCGCCACCGCCGGCUCCCGGCAGCCCAGCGUGGAGACCCUGGACAGUCCCACAGGAUCACAUGUUGAAUGGUGUAAACAGCUUAUAGCUGCUACAAUUUCUAGUCAGAUUUCAGGUUCAGUGACAUCAGAAAAUGUAUCCAGAGAUUACAAGGAGAUUCAGGAAGAACACAAUGGCUACCCUUCUGAAGCUGAAGCUGAUCAGGUGGCUCUAAGGGAUGGAAAUAAGCUGGCACAGAUGGAAGAGGCUCCACUUUUCCCAGGAGAAUCAAUUAAAGCCAUUGUGAAAGAUGUCAUGUAUAUCUGCCCAUUUAUGGGAGCAGUGAGUGGAACCCUGACAGUGACGGACUUUAAGCUGUACUUCAAAAAUGUCGAGAGGGACCCGCAUUUUAUCCUUGAUGUUCCCCUUGGAGUGAUCAGCAGAGUUGAGAAGAUUGGAGCACAGAGUCAUGGAGACAAUUCCUGUGGUAUAGAGAUAGUGUGCAAGGAUAUGAGGAACUUGCGGCUUGCUUAUAAACAGGAAGAACAGAGUAAACUAGGGAUAUUUGAAAACCUCAACAAACAUGCAUUUCCUCUUUCUAACGGACAGGCACUAUUUGCAUUCAGCUAUAAAGAAAAAUUUCCAAUUAAUGGCUGGAAAGUUUAUGAUCCAGUAUCUGAAUAUAAGAGACAGGGCUUGCCAAAUGAGAGUUGGAAAAUAUCCAAAAUAAACAGUAAUUAUGAGUUCUGUGACACCUACCCUGCCAUCAUUGUUGUGCCAACUAGUGUAAAAGAUGAUGACCUUUCAAAAGUGGCAGCUUUUCGAGCAAAAGGCAGAGUCCCUGUGUUGUCAUGGAUUCAUCCGGAAAGUCAAGCAACGAUUACCCGUUGCAGCCAGCCACUUGUGGGUCCCAAUGAUAAACGCUGCAAAGAGGAUGAAAAAUACUUGCAAACAAUAAUGGAUGCUAACGCACAGUCACACAAGCUUAUCAUCUUUGAUGCUCGACAAAACAGUGUCGCUGAUACCAACAAGACAAAGGGUGGAGGAUAUGAAAGUGAAAGUGCUUACCCAAACGCAGAACUUGUGUUCUUGGAGAUCCACAACAUUCAUGUCAUGCGAGAGUCACUACGCAAAUUAAAAGAGAUCGUGUACCCUUCGAUCGAUGAGGCACGGUGGCUCUCCAAUGUGGAUGGGACGCAUUGGCUGGAAUAUAUAAGGAUGCUGCUUGCUGGGGCAGUAAGAAUUGCUGAUAAAAUAGAAUCUGGGAAAACAUCUGUGGUGGUGCAUUGCAGCGAUGGUUGGGACCGAACAGCCCAGCUCACAUCUCUGGCUAUGCUAAUGUUGGACAGUUACUACAGGACCAUUAAAGGAUUUGAAACUCUUGUAGAAAAGGAGUGGAUAAGCUUUGGACACAGGUUUGCACUGCGGGUGGGCCAUGGUAAUGACAACCAUGCGGAUGCUGACCGAUCUCCUAUAUUUCUGCAGUUUAUUGAUUGUGUUUGGCAAAUGACAAGACAGUUUCCUUCAGCAUUCGAGUUUAAUGAGCUAUUCUUGAUUACAAUUUUGGAUCACCUUUAUAGCUGUCUUUUUGGGACCUUUUUGUGCAACUGUGAACAGCAGCGAUUCAAGGAGGAUGUAUAUACAAAGACGAUAUCUUUAUGGUCGUAUAUCAAUAGCCAGCUAGACGAGUUUUCUAAUCCCUUCUUUGUGAAUUAUGAAAACCACGUGUUAUAUCCUGUUGCUAGUCUGAGUCAUUUGGAAUUGUGGGUAAACUAUUAUGUACGAUGGAAUCCACGGAUGAGACCUCAGAUGCCCAUUCACCAGAAUCUCAAGGAGCUGCUGGCCGUCAGGGCGGAGCUGCAGAAGCGUGUGGAGGGCCUACAGCGGGAGGUGGCCACGCGCGCCGUCUCAUCCUCAUCUGAGCGGGGCUCCUCGCCCUCCCACUCCGCCGCCUCCGUCCACACCUCGGUCUGAUGGGCGAGGCCAGCCUGCUGCUCCACUGUCUCCCGGUGGCUCAGGAAAGGGACCUGGCGAUCACUGUUAUGGCUGUAGCUUGUGAUCUUGUCUUUUAGGAUUAGGCCCAGGGACCAUUUGUGUGGCUAGGUGACAGCUCCCACUGUUGGCAAGUGCUUUUCGUUUUGUGAACAGCCCGUUACCCUCCUGUCAGCGGUUUCACAGGGGAGCCAUCUUGUCACAUCCACCCUGUGAAGCAGCUUCCAGCAUCCAGGCAGCUUGGGAGAAGCUAAGUGAACGGAAUGCAGUACUGAGGUUCAAGAAAGCUGUACGCCACUUCUUUCCAAGUUAAAUCCUUCAGUAACAACAAACACCAUUCCCUUCGAGAUGCAUUGCCAGCCCCGUGGCUUCCCUCAGCUCUUGGCCACAACUUGAAAACUGUUUUGAAUGAAGUACUUGGGGAGAAGACAGGCCACUGCCCUCUGUUCCACAGUUUUCUUCAUGCACGGGGUCCUCCUGUAACAAUUACUGUUGUGUACAUAUAAGGUAUUUUUAGAGAAGAGAAACAGGCCUUUAUUUUCCUAUGUCCUUUUUUACGUUUAGAAUAGUCACCUGAGGAGGGAUCAGCUCAACUGUACUGUGGGAGAAAUUCUUUUCCAACAAACCUCAUGCUCAUUUUUCUGUGGUGCAUUUGAAAUGGGAUUUGAACAUGGUCAUUUCAAGGGCAACGUGUUCUGUCCUCACCUCACUCUGGUACUCGCCUCUUGGGGCGGCUCAGCCCAUUCAUGGGGACGGCACCAAGCGGCCAUGCUCAGUCUUCCAGCCCUGCUGAGGGUAAACCAAGGCCUCUGGCAGCUGUGCACAGGUGCUGGCCUCUGGCUCCUUCAAGGAGCACUGCCUGUCACUCGCUCCUGGGCUGUCUGGCCAUGUUUCCCACCCCCACUUUACCGCAGCCAGCUGCUGGGAUCCAAGCAAGUCUGUUCUUCUGGUAUUUGCCUGUAUGAAAUCAUUGCUCGUUUUAUCACAAUUCCUUCAACUCAGCUCACUCACAUGGCUGCCUGUUAAUAUGUGAAAGCAGCCACUGUGCUGUGGCUUUGGUUUGGAAAAGCACAGCACGCACUUCCCUUGGGUUUCCCUUCCCAGAGCCGACGGCAGCUGGUCAGCCCUCUCUUCCCGCUCCUGAACCUUUACUUACUGACUUUGAGCUCUGUGACUCCAUCGGUUCUCGCAGGAAUUAAUUUACCACCAAUUGGUUCAAUCCACUUGAGCGCCAUAGCUCUGAGCUCCUCUGUGUGACAUGCCACAGAUGACUAUUGCACACCUGGGUCCUGCCCCAGCAGGCCAUGCCCCUCCCAUGUGCCGUGCCCGUUGCUGCAACUGCCCCCCCACCCCGCCACGGGCUGCAGGAAUUCAGCCUUUAGAGGCAGAGGCAGCUGCAGCGGCUCCUAAGGUCAAGCCCCAGUGUGACUGCGUAGCAAUGUUAGCUGGUUGGUUUCAAAUUACUGGAUUCCAGGCAAAGUCCUACAAAUUGACCUUAUUUUUGAAAACAUGUCCAGGGUUUUUUCAUAGAGAAUGGAUUUUUUUAACUGGGAACCUCCUGAUUCUUACGGAAAAUUAUCCUUCUAUAAGAUACCAGACAGAUUUAUUCAAGGUAAUUUGAUAACCUAAAAAUCAAUUCUCCAUUUUUAUCACAUGUGGGAUUUGUUGUGAAAUCAUAUUCGACAUUAGCUUUUAUGUUCCUAACAUAUCUGAAAGCUUAUUUAUGAAUGGAUAUACUGGAUUGUUGAUAUACUGAUUUUUUUUUAAUGGGGACAUUUGCCAUCUUCUUCCCAGAAAUACGUAAUCCCCUGGCUGACUAGGACUAUUAAACAUAGUGUGGACUGGAUGAUGCCUUCGACAAACCAGAGAAGCCAAGUUGUGGGGAGCUGGUGCCUGGAGUGGGCCCUGUGCACCUCACCUGGCGGAGGCUGGGGGGGGCUCUGUCAGCAGGACCCUAAAGAAAAAGACUCUCAUUCGCUUUUAAAGAAGCACAACGGGUCAUUUUCCUUUGUAUGUUCCUAGCGCAGAACUGUUUGUAAAACAACUUGAAGUAUAGUUUUGUUAUCUAAGCAAUUUUGUUUUAAGAAGUGUACUAGAAUGCGAAACCUUUACAGUUCAGGUUUUUAAAAACUGGUACAGUAUUGUAUUUGUCUCAUCUGUUGCACUGUAUUUCAAUCUGUAAUUAAAAUGAUCAUAUGUUU